GAACCAAAACAAAAUGGAGGUUUCUCCAGGAAGGGAUGGAAUGACCUUUACUUUAGUGAUUUUCUGACACUCCUUGACCACUGAAGUCUAAUCGGUGAAAAUGGGGAAGCUUAAAUGCUUCGAGAUUGUAUUCCCGGACCAGAGAUCCGUGUUUCACCCUGGCGAGUGCGUUAACGGGCAGGUUGUAGUGGAACUGAAAGGCGAUAUGAAAAUGAGGUCAUUGCGAGUGUUCAUGCGAGGGGUUGCUAAAGUUCACUGGACGGAAUCGCGAAGUACGGGAAGCAGAUUGGGGUCUUAUACGGAACAUUACAAUGCUGAGGUGGAGUAUUUCUUCAAACGACAAGUUCUUUUUGGUGGAGAAGUGUCUGACGGAAGAGACACACUGACAGAGGGCCGCCAUGAAUUCAACUUCGCAUUUGAGCUUCCAAUGGGUGGUAUUUCCACAUCAUUUGAGGGCAAGCACGGAAGUGUGCGGUACUGGCUGAAGGCCGAAAUGGACAAACCAUGGUCCUUCAACCACAAGACAAAGAAAGCUUUCACCGUCAUCAGCCCCAUCGAUAUAAACAGACCAGAGUACCAGACUCAGGUGGAGAGCAGUGUUGAGAAGACUCUGUGCUGUUGGUUGUGUAUGUCAGGACCAAUCUCCAUCACAGCACGAACCGAUCGCCGUGGUUACUGCCCAGGGGAAUCAAUAGCAAUAUCGGCUGAGUUUGACAACCACUCUUCUCGAACAGUUAUUCCGUACGCCACCCUAUACCAAACACAAGCAUUCUUUGCUAGCGGGAAGUCUCGAGUUAGGCGGACUAAGUUCACCGUUUUGACUGGCUUGCCUGUUGCCCCUGGCAACCGAGGAAGCUGGGAUAGCCAGUUGUUGAAGAUACCAGCCGUUUCGCCAUCAAUCAUGAAUUGUUGUGUGAUGAAAGUAGAUUACUUUGUUAAGGUUGCACUGCAUAUUCCUGGUGCCUACAACUUGACCAUGCAUCUACCUAUCGUCAUCGGAACAGUCCCUUACCGCAGAGCACAAUCUUACCGCUUCACCGAGUCCCGAUUCUACCGAGAAACCCAGGCUCAGUUUGCCAUGGACUUCCUCCCUGUCCCUCCGCCCUACAGAGAAACGAUCACACCACCACCUCCAUUUGAAGACCCUCCGACCUAUGCUGAAAGUAUCGGUGGUGCAGUCAACCUCUGUGACGACGAGGAUGACGAACCCGGCUCCAACAUGGGAGACCUAACGUUCACACCCAUGUACACGUACGUGUGCAGUCAACCUCACGACUACCGCCCCCCACCAGCGUACUCAGAGGUACAGACGGAUCCCAACCCAUUAGCCCACCUGGAGAACAUAAGCCUUGAUCCCAGUUAACCCCUCGCUGUGAUCAUAGUGGGUUCCACCUCCUCACGCUUGUGGCUGGACAUUUUGACCUUCACACAAGAGCACAGAUCCAAGGGACAGAACUUGGAUCAUGAAGGAUCCUGCAUGCUGUGUAAGCAAAAGGAUCACACUGCACACAUGCACUUUCGAAGAUGGCAAGCAUGUUUCCUUAUUUCCGUAGGUGUCAAUAUUUCUGAGCCAUGAUCAUGUCGUGGUUCUGUGAUGUUGAUACCACUGGAAAUGGGAAUGAUACACCAUUAUUACGGUUAGUCAGUUGUGGAUAUAGUGCCAAACAUGACCAGAUGAUUCUACUAUAAUACACGUGUAGAGUUGUAGUGUUGCUGAAGUAGAUGACAUCUUUAGAAUCACAAUUUAGAUGACCAAAGCUUGCUUGUUGAAUAGCCUUAUAUUUGCACAACGACAUUAUUGUCUGCAAGGAGCAUCCAUCUCUAUAUUUUAUAUAUGUUUUGUAAUAUAUUGUUUCACACUUGUAAUAUAAACUUAUAAAAAAAUCAAAUGAUUGGAAAAACUAUUAAAGAAUAUUUUGAUUUUCUUGCUGCUUUUUAUACUUGUGACAACACGCCAGUGUUCAGAUGUAUGAAGAGUCUGGACUCUUCUAGUCAAUAUGAAAUUUACAUAAAAAGAAGAAUUUACAAAAUGUAUCAAAAUUAAUUGUGUAGAUAUUUGUUUUGUGCAAUAUUUAAAAAACAUGAUUGUCUCCCUUUUUAGAGAGUGUCCUGAAGAUAGCAGUUUGGAUAAAAAAAUCUUUGGUAUGGAAGCAAAUCGUAAAAAUUGUGAUAGAUAUUGCAGAGAAACUUUCUGUUUUUUACACUUGAUUAUUGUGAUUAAAUGGCUAUUAAUAACCUUAGUUUUCAUUUUCAGCUUGCAAUGAACUGAAGCAUAUAUGCUGUGAAAAAGAUAUUCUGAUAUCUUAGAAGCACACACAUUAAUUAUGCUUUUUGAUCUUAAUAAAAUUGACUCUCCCGUUCCAAAAGAUAUUGCCCGAGAACGAAUUAUUUGCAGAGGUUGGGUUUGCCUUAUUUUUCUAUGUCUUAUAAAAAUUAUUCCCUGGCAAAUAUUUCGUAUUGAUUGUUUUUGAUAAUAUGCCUUUGAAUAUGUGCUUUUGAAAUGUUAAUUUCUUGCGUAGCAUUUUUUUUCCCCUUAUAUUAGUAGAGCUGUAUAAAUAGUAUACUGAUAAUAUAUUAUGAUGUUAUCUCUAUGUAUAGAUGAAACAGAAUCUGUCUGUUGUAGCUUCAGAUUACACAACAAAGGUCUUCCUAUGUCUAUUUUGGAGGUUUUCUAUGAAUAUUUAUAGGCAUGAAAUUUAAGCAGAAAUUUCCCCGCUCUUCCAAGUGCACCUACCAGACUUGUACCGUUACACUGUAGUGCAUGACACUAUCUUCACGGGGACCAAGUGGAACCCGAUAUAUAUCUCUAGCUAUCUUCACUGAGGCCCAUUUUAACCCGAUAUUUCUCUAGCUAUCUUCACGGGGACCAAGUGGAACCCGAUAUAUCUCUAGCUAUCUUCACUGAGGCCCAUUUUAACCCGAUAUAUCUCUAGCUAUCUUCACAGGGACCAAGUGGAACCCGAUAUAUCUCUAGCUAU